ACACAUCAUAAAGUACCCGGGUGUGUUAUCAAUAUCAAGAUGCAUCCAAUGCAGCCUUGCUCGCAUACGGAACCCACUCGAAGUCCAAGAAGUAACUGAGGCGUGUCCGUUCUUUUUUGUGUGUUAUAAUGGCCGUGCCUCGUUUCGGAAGGCUGCGUACUCCGGAGGUCUCAUUUGAAGCCUGAUACGUCAUCGCGGCGGUCUCGUCUCAUAAACGCAGGUAGGACGUUACGUAUGGCUCCUUUCUAAUGCGACAUGCUUUCACGAGAAUUCAGAGGACACGUAAGGUGUUCCUUCUCUGCUCGAGAUAACCCACAAUUAUUUGCGUCGACCAACGUCUGUCAUUCGAAUAAACUGCAGCUGCUGCACCUUCAAUAAAAUAUGUGGCGUUUAAAUGUUAACAGUUUACACAUUUGUGUCACGCUUUUUGAAUCGUAGAAGGCCGAUGUGAUUGUUUAGUGAUUUAAAAACGUUUUUUUCAGUUAGGCAGAAAAUGGUUUAUUUGUUCAACUCUUUUGGCAUUGUUAAGGUUAGGCGUAACCAACUGUUUACGUCUCAAAAAUCAUUUGAAUUUAUUUGACAGGUGUGCGAGUGCAACGUGUUGUCAUAGCAACGUGAUACUUCCUUUUCCGCCGGAAUGUCCUACGAAGGACGUCUCCUCGAUACCGCAUCCUUUUAGACUGAGGGGGGUGAUCACUCUGGAGGACACAAGGACGGAGCCUUACGAAACGAGACACAGCUAACGUUAAUGUUUUAUUUUUAAAAGGCAUCAGCAAAUUUGGCAUAUGGCGCUCUCAUACAAAACAAGCGACACACAUAUUAAUCAAAUUUGAUCCGCGUUGAAUGGUCUGCAGACGCUUUUUUUACGCAAGUCCGUUAUUGCGCUCUUGGAAUUGAGAAACUGACAUUUGCUUACUGAAACGCCCACUGUUAUGACACAUCGGUGCGCUUAUAGUUUUUCUUAAAGAGACACGGCCCUAUUUUCAGUUUUCUUGAAACGAAAUUAUGAGCGUGUCUCUUUAAGGAUUUGCAGCGCUUCCGCUGACGCGUUUCACUUCAAGGUUGUAACUGUUAUUACUUGCACUAUGGACUUUCAUCAAACUCGGUGAAUGGUAAAUUGUGUUGAGCUGUUACAAACGAUAAAGCAGAGAAAUGAUUUGCAUCCUGUUGGUUGCAGGGCACGGCACGGUUUUAGAAACACAAAUCAAGAGUGACGUCACAGGCCUGUAUGCUCAUCUGAGCGGUGUGCCCAAAGCUCUUUUACCUGGAGUGGGUGGAAAGAAAAUCUUGGAUUUCUGGUGGGAAACAGUCAACACGCGUCAGCUCUUCAAUGAAGUCUAUUUGGUCACAAAUGCUGAUAAAUUCAAGCAUUAUGAACGGUGGGCUACAGCAAAUGACUUUCCAGUGGAGAAUGUUGUGAACGAUGGGAGCACAACUCUUGAUGACAGACUCGGUGCUGUCGCGGACCUUGAGCUGGCCAUCCGAAGCCGCCAGCUACAAGAUGACAUCAUGGUGAUUGCAGGAGACAUGCUUUGUGCUGAUCAGAAUUUUGACAUUGCACAAGUCAUUCGCUUUUUCAGGUCCAAGCCUGGAGAACUUGCAAUAUAUUAUGAACUGGAGUCCGGAGAGAAGAGCAACUCCAGAGGAAUUGUUGAAGUGUGUCCGGACACUCAUCGAGUCAUGCUCUUUCUUGAGAAGCCUCAGGAGGGCCUCACUGCAUCAAGGCUGGCCAGCGUUGUCUUCUACUGUCUGCGCAAGGAGUCUUUACCAUACAUCUCUGAAUUCCUCUACGAUCACCCAGAUGUAUUAGACAGAACAUUUGGAAAGUUUUGGGAAUGGCUGAUAAACGAGGAGAAAGUGCCUGUUUAUGGGAUGAAGCUGCCAACAGGAUUUCAACUAAUUGGUCAAGUGGGUCUGUCUGAUUACACAAAAUGGCUUGCUCACUAUUCUUCAAAGCAACAGUUGUCCCCAUCUAAACCUAUUACUUGCCGCUCAUAUGCCAGGGUUGGACUCAUGGGGAACCCAUCCGAUGGUUUCAAUGGAAAAACCAUUGCCAUGACCAUUGCCAACUUUUGGGCUGAAGUCACGCUCAUGGAGAGUCAAACUCUGGUCCUUCUACCUCAUCCUCUGAAUGACCCAACAGAGUUCGGAAGCUUGCAGGACCUUUUCCGAAUCAGCCGCAAAGAGGGGUACCUAGGAGGUCUACGACUUUUGCAAGCCACCUGCAAAAAGUUUUACCAAUUCUGUUCGGAACAAGGCAUUGCUCUGUCCAAGCAGAAUUUUACCCUCAAGUAUGACACAAACAUUCCUCGGCAAGUGGGUUUAGCUGGUAGCAGCGCAAUCGUGUCAGCCACCUUGAAGUGCCUGAUGAAGUUUUACAACAUUACAGACAAUGAUCUUCCUAAACCAAUUAGAGCUAACUUCAUCCUCAAUGUUGAGACGGAUGAGCUCUUCAUCACAGCUGGUUUACAGGACAGGGUUGUGCAGGUCUAUGAAGGCUUGGUUUACAUGGACUUUAGCAAGCACCUUAUGGAUGAGCGGGGUUUUGGAGAGUACAUUCCCUUGGAUAUGACUGGUCUGCCCUUAUUUUGGCUGGCCUUCUUGGGUGAUCCAAGUGAUUCUGGACGGAUUCACAGUAAUGUUAGACAACGCUGGAUGAAUGGGGAAUCUGUUGUGGUUGAAGCUAUGAAGUCGUUUGCUGACCUCACAGACCAAGCUCGGGCUGCUUACGAGUGUAAAGACUGGCCCAGACUUGCACAGCUCAUGGAUGAAAACUUUGAGCUAAGACGGUCUAUUUAUACUGAUGACUGCCUGGGCCCAGGAAAUCUGAAAAUGGUCAAUCUUGCAAGACAGUUUGGAUCUGCAGUGAAGUUGCCUGGCAGUGGUGGUGCUGUGGUGGGCUUGUGUAUGGAACAUGGGCAACUGGUGGAGAUGAAGAAGGCUUUCCAAGAGGCGGGAUGUGUGUUUUGUCUAAUUGUGGCUUAUGAUCCAUCACAGCAGGGUCAUGACUUAGAACUCUGAGGAAAAGUCAAUAAUUUAUUAUUUAUGGGCCAAGAAGCUGUAAUUAAGCAUCUGGUGGAGGAAAUCACUUUUAAAAGAACUUUUCCUUGAUCUGUUUCAGACUUGUAUAUGGCAGUUCACCAAAGUAUUGUUCAGUGGUAGAUUGACUGGGUCGGGCUUCAGUUGUUUUGAAUAGAAAUCAGAAACAAUUGACUUUAGAAUGGUCGCCCUUUCACUCCCAUCCUGUUGUAUGGUAACUUCUUAGGCAUAACAAGGUUGCAGCAGAGACGAUUCCUAAUGUAAAUUAACUCACAGUAAAAAACGACUGUACAAAUUGAGGCUAGUUUAUGGACCAUAUGCAUAUCCGUUAUUAUUGCAUUUUAUUAUAUAUUUUAUCAAUAUAUAUAAAUGCAGCCAAUAAAUAUUUUCCAUACA